AUGGCAAAGUACGAUUUAGUACGGUUUGAUAUGAGCUUUGUGAUAGUGGUUUGCAGGCAAUUGUUAGAUAGCAUGAUCCCAGAAGAAUAUGUGAAUUCUCGCGUUUUCAAACCUAUUUCCUUGGCAAAGAAAACACAUCAAAAGCCUGAUGGGACAUACGUUGAUCAACGAGACCGUUUGGUGGCAGAAACUUAUGAGAAGCAUGUACAAGAACGCUUGGGACAACUAGAAAUUUCUGGUGAAGAGAAUGUGACACCUGAAACUCUUGACAGGAAUGAGAAAAAUGAAAUUUAUAUGAAGGUUGCAGGAUCAUCUAAACAAGGGCAUAUCUUUGGACUUGGAGCGAUAAGUGAAGCUUUACCAUCUGUUGGUGCCUCUUCAAGUGCACCACAAACUGAAGAAGUAGAGACGAUAACACAUCGACUAGAAGAGAUGGAAGCUGAUCUUAAAAAGAGUCUUGAAGAAAAUCAGCAAAUUCAGAAAAGACUUGAAGCUAUGGAAAAACUUGUUGAGGCUUUUGCAAGUCAAAAUGCCUAGAUCCUACUCCACCACCAAGAGGUCCAAGACUGUCCAUUCCCCCUUAUCUAGUUAUUAUGGUUUCUAUGUAUCUUUGCUAUUGUUUAGUUUGUAUUUUCUUUAAAUUGUGUUUAUGGAUUAACUUUGUAUUUGGAUGUUAGUUUGUUAUGUAAAUAUUAUCUUUUACUUGUUA